AUGCGCAAGACAUCCUAUGUAGUCACUUUUUUCGCUGUGGCUUUGACUCUGACUCUCAAUAUCAUCUCGGCCCAGCGACCUGACUGGAUCGUCGUGUCGUCGCCCGAGAUCCUCCGCAGGAAGGUAACCUUCUACUACGGCCUCUCCGAGCGCUGCGAGCGCGAUGUAAUCCGCCUCCCGAAGCCGAGCGACGACAGCGAACUCGAAUACACAAGCUACACAUGCCGACCGUUCCCCACCAGCACCGCCGAUAGCUGCCAAGACGAGAACAGGCUGUUCUGCACGGUCUGGACGAGUGCUGGGUAUAUCUCCCAGUUGGCCAUAGGCUUCGCCGCAGUCUCGCUGCUAUCCAUCCUGAUAGGACUCACCACGCAUUCCCGGAGAAGGAGAAUUUGGAGAGCGGUUGCCGGAUUGACUUUCCUGCACGCUGCAUGUCAAAUUGGCACCUUUGCCGCAGUCACCGAAAUGUACCGCUCUGACCGAUACCCUACCUUCGAACAAGGGCGACCAGGUUGGGCAUAUAUCUUCAACGUUCUUUCCUGGGUCCUUGGCAUCAUAACCACCUUCGCCGUCGUAACGACUGGCAUAUCGGCAGACAAAGGUCACCGGUGGGCUGCAGGCAAUAGGGCAUACCAGCCUAUCAGUGGUUAA